AUGCGAAUGAUUUUUUGUAUUACCAAUGAAGUCGGUAUUCUUGUACAAGAAACUUGUGUGGUAACUUCUUUUAGGCUGCGCAACAAGGUUUGCAGUUUUCAUGUACAAAAAACUGGUGUGACCUUAAAGAACAAGAAAAACAUCUACAGCCAAAAAGGAAAAAGAUCUGUAAAUGGAACUUGA